AUGGCUGCAGCCGUGGGAAUCAGUGCGGUUUCUGCCAUCGCGGCCAUACGCGGGACGAUUUCAUGCGUCCACCCAAGGAGAAGCGCCGGAGGAUGCGGUACCGUCACGCCUGGUGAAGCAAUGCGUCGGGGGCCGGCAGACGGAGAGGAUAGCCGGGUCAUCGACGCAAUGGUUGGGGUUCGGUCGGGAGCUGUGAAGCGUUUGGGCGAAACGUGCAAGAGCCUUGAGCGACCUGAAGGGGACGACCGAGGGACAGGCGGCCUCGCGACUGGUUUUUGGGGUGGGAGCGACCGAUGUGGAAGGAUGAAGCAGAAGGUCUGGCAGAUGGUGUCACAGAGAAACCUCGAUGUGGAAGCGAUCCAGCCAGAGCUUCAGCAAGUGGCACAGCUACAUCCUUACAUGAGACAGCUGAUCCAAGGAUUCUUAGACCACUUGGCACAGCAAAGGGGCUGUGCCCAGAUCGAAGGAGUGGUUUUCUCUGUUUGA